AUGCGACUUGUGCAACACAAGCCUAGUGGUCCGACUUUUCCUUUACAAACACUGACUGAUAUGCAGCAUGUGGCGGGCGAUGGCGUCUGCAACUUUAUCUUGCACAAGACAUUAGGCAUGCACCUGGCUUCCAUUACCAAAGGACUCGGCCUCCGAACCAUGCCAAUCACGCCUCUUGAUCGAAGCUCGGUCGUUGAGGGUGAACAAGGCGUGACUCUAGAAGAAUUUCCUGAUUGGAAGCUCACAGAGACCCCUUGCACUUUCUUGAACCCAACAAACUACGAAGCUACCGAGGUACAGUCGGUUGAACAUGGCAUAUUCUUCAUCUCUGCCGAGAACCUCUCGCUGCUCAAGAAUCAUGCCCUGAAAGGUGCUGCCAAUACUAAGCUGAGCACGACCGAAGCUAUCUGUGCUUUCCUCUGGCGCCACGUUGUCAUGGCCAGGCAGAUAGAUCAUCAUCGAUACCCAGAGGCAAAGCUAUCAAUCACUGUUGACGCUAGAGAACGAAUGGAAAGUUCGCCACUCCCGUCCAACUAUUGGGGGAAUUUUGCGGAGCCGAACGCGGUCGCCAGAGUGUCUGUUGCUUCUCUACACAAUGGAGAAGACGGACAAAAGAUUUAUGGUAAGCUGGCGAGUAGUAUCCAGCGAGCCAUUGCUGCUGUCAACGACAAGGCAGUAAGGCGUCUCGUUGGGCUGCUCAAUCAAAUGCCCAAAACUACUUCCUUGACCUGGAAUGUCGACCGAUACCCGGGACCGGACAUGCUCAUAGUCUGUCUUCAAGCGCAUAGAUACAACGACAUUUAUUUCGGGCGUCAUCUUGGGUAUCCUUCUGCAUUCCGCGUUACUGUUGGGGAUACUGAGGGUAAACCUGACGGCCGUUGCAUUAUUCUGCCACCUCCUCAUAAUGAGAGUCGGGGUCUGGAGCUGAUUCUGCAAUACGAUAGUGGUACUUUGGAAAGGCUUGAGAGUAACGCCGAGUUUAGCAAGUUCUUUAUACGCCGUAACUGA